UUUUUACAUUCAUUUGUGUGGUUUAGGCCAGGGUUUCAUUCAGUUGAUUCGUGUUUCUUGUGUUUCAGACAACGGUUUUGGUUUUAUUUUAUAGUGCUUAUAUGAGCGAGAUGGCUGCGCUCAGUAAAUACUAUAGUGAAAUUAUGAAAAGUCAUAAUGUUACAUGUGCAUAUGUUUUACAUCCAGAUGAGUCGUGCACAUAUUUUCUACUUAAAACCAUACCCAUAACACUAUUUCGAACAGCUCAAUUUUUUGUUCCACUUUACUUUUUACCGAUGUUGGCCAAUUCGAAAAAUUUCACCAAAGAAAAAUUGUACGACGUUCUUAAGGUUUUUGUUAGCUCUGUUAUAGCAGGAGGUUCAACUGUUUAUGGUGCAUUUUUAUCCAUUUGUUUGCUAUCAAAUCUCAUUGGACACACGUCAUUUUGGACUCUUAUACCGAUACCAGCGAUGGCAGGCGGUUUUACCAUAUUCAUGGCAACUGAAAAAGUUCACGGUUUCUUCUGUCAUGCAGUAUCAUUUAUCACUUUCGAUAUAUUGGUGCGUGAUGGAUCACUAUGGCCAUUGCGAAUGCUUAAAACUUAUCGUUCGUUGCGUACAAUAUUUUUUAUGAUUCUCAGCGGUAUUAUUGUGGAUUCAAUGUAUCUAAAUGGUGAUUCAAUAAUUUGGUUAUUCAAACCUCUGCGAAAAUACAAACCGAAAAUCGAAAAUGAUAUUUCAUCCAAUAAAACGAAACCAUUCGAUCAACAUCACAUCUGCGAUCACAAGAGAAUUAGUUGCAAAUCAUAUAUCUUACAAGUUUUCAGAACAUAUUUAAUGCUUGGCAUGGCCUUAGAGAUUCUUAAAUCGUUGUUCAGUAACUUUGGAGCAAUUUUGAAAAAUCCGCUAACUGGAUGGUUCUAUAUAAUCAAACAUAUUAAACCGAAUUUUUUACUCUUUGUCUCUCUUUAUCCGACAUUGACAGAAUCAAUAAAUUGUAUGCUAAACAAUUGGCUGCAACGAUCAACUCGAUUGAAUCAAGAUAUUUCGGCAAUUCUUGGUGGUCUUCCAUUUUAUUUUUGUGCCGAUGAAUUACAAAUUCUUGCUCAUACUUUUAUCACUGCUAUCGAAGCGAUUUGGCAUCGUUACAAACUGUAUUCUGAUCCCACCACCCAAACAUACCAAUGGUUAACAAAAAUUCCAUUCGCUAAAAUUGCAUUCAUUUUUGGUGGAAGUUAUAUGUAUACCGCACGGCUUUUCUACCCAUGGAUUGCUCCGAAAUUUUUGCAAAGGUUGAUGAUGCUAAUUACAAACAAUAAAUUUGAUGUCAUCGGUGAACGCGUUCAUUCACUGUGGAUACCAGAGGUCAUCAUUUAAAUUGCAUUUGCAAUCGAGUUAAAUUCAAUCUGUAAUUACAAUUUUAUUGUUUUUUUUUUUUUGUUUUUUUUUUUAUUUGAAUAAUAACAUAUUAUAGAAGGUUACAUUAGAUUUUGAA